AUGAAUAACGAAUACGACUACUUAUUCAAGUUGCUAUUGAUUGGUGACUCUGGAGUGGGUAAAUCAUGUUUGUUGCUAAGAUUUGCGGAUGACACUUAUACACCAGACUACAUUUCAACUAUUGGUGUUGACUUUAAGAUUAGAACCAUAGAAUUGGAUGGCAAAACUAUCAAGUUACAGAUAUGGGAUACCGCUGGACAAGAGCGGUUUAGAACCAUUACCUCGUCAUACUAUCGUGGAGCUCAUGGAAUCAUUAUUGUAUACGAUGUCACUGAUCAAGAAAGUUUCAACAAUGUUAAGCAAUGGUUACAAGAAAUCGACCGUUAUGCUACUGGUGGCGUAAUGAAAUUGUUAGUUGGUAACAAGGCGGAUUUGGCUGACAAGAAGAUUGUCGAGUACACCGCAGCCAAAGAGUUUGCCGAUGCUUUGAACAUUCCAUUUUUGGAAACUUCUGCGUUGAGUUCAACAAAUGUUGAGCAAGCGUUUUAUACAAUGGCUAGACAGAUUAAGGCGCAAAUGACAAGCAAUGCAAAUGUAGGUGGCGCUGCUGGAAACAAGGGUAAGAGCAAUGUGAAUUUGAGAGGAGAGUCAUUGACUUCAACCCAAUCAAACUCUUGUUGUUGA